UUUCUCCCUCUAAAAAUUACUCUCCACAAUCAAGAUUCCCUCUGACCUCUAUAAAACUACGCCCUUUCCUACCCCCCGCAAAACAUCUCGCUUCAAAUUUUCUCAACUCGUAAACACCUUCUUUUGAUAUUCACAUCUUAAACACUCUCAAUGAUCGGAACCCUAACUCUCCCAACCGCAACAUCCCUCCGAUUCUCGGCGGGAAGACGCUUCUCUCUCGCCGGAACGGCUGGAUCUCACCGGAAAAUACAUUUUACCCGCCGGAACACUUGUAAAGCUGCGAUUCAUGCAUUCGCCGAAGCGGUAACGACGGUGGAUGUGAGGAAAUCGGCAAGCCUGUACGAGGUGCUUCGAGUCCGGCAAAAUGCGUCGCCGACGGAGAUAAAGACGGCGUACCGGAAUCUGGCGAAGCUGUACCAUCCGGAUGCUUCGCAUUCCGAAUCGGACGGCCAUGAUUUCAUCGAGAUUCACAACGCGUACGAGACUCUGUCUGAUCCGACGGCCAGGGCACUGUAUGAUUUGUCUUUGAGUGCCGCGUCGGGGCGGCGAUCCUCUGGUUACUCCGCUAUGAAUCGGUCCGGGUUUUACCCGACCUGGAGAUGGGAAACGGAUCAGUGUUGGUAGAAAUAAUUGUAGAUUUAUAUAUAUAACCCAUGAAUUUUCGGUGCUUUUUAUUUUUUCCGGAAAUGGUUAAUGCCACAUGUAAUGAUGUUUGUAUACAAUGUGGCAAGGUACAUAAAUGUAAAUAACAAAAAAAUUUCAUGAGAUAUGCCCAAUUUGGGAAUUUUUAUGUUUCC